ACAUCAUUCAUUGCAUCAACCCGCUAGUAGCAGAGAUGGAGCAUAGCAGAGAACACAGGGUUGGAGGCGUGAGUUCGCGAGCAAUUCGCCAUCGCAUUUCCUUCGAAAACGUAGCACCUGACAUUGAAAAUGUGCUUCAAAACUCGAAAGCUCGUGUUUUCGAGAUAAUAAGAGAACACGCUGCACGUUUCGAAGGAAAUGUGAAAUGGUUUUUAGUAUUAAAUGUAUUAUUGUAUAAGAUGGUAGUUUUAGAAUCAGAGGAAUCCGAAGCUGUUUCAUCCAUUGUGAAUCUUCAUAGCUACUCGGCCAUAGGCUUGAAUGUCUUGGAGAGUUAUGACGAAUUGAAUGAACAAUUUAUGUUAGCAGUUAGGAAAAUUUUAAGUUCAUUCGAUAACUUUGUUCGAUUUGGGAGUGGGUGGGUGUUGAAGAAGAUCGACUCGCUUGAUGUAAAUGUGAUUAGAUAUAAUCCAAUAUACACAAGCAGUUAUAUUCAAACACCCCAGUUCAUCAACAAUAAGGAAUGUGUUAUCAAUGUCAAAAAUCUUUCUGAUAAAAAUUGUUUUCUGUGGAGUGUUCUAGCCUAUUUUCACCAGAAACCAAAUAACAGACACUUAACGGUGAAAUAUUUGAGCAAAUUUGCUCACAGGCUGAACACUUGCGGAGUUAAUUUCCCAACCACCGAUCGCGACAUAAAGAAAUUUGAAAUUCUCAAUACAGACAUCGCAAUUCAUGUUAUCGUGUAUGACAACAAAAAGUUUUUCCCCUAUCGAACAAGCAUAUUCCGUAUGUGUAAAUACCAAAUUAAUCUUUCAAUGUUGAAAGGCGAUGCAGGAAAAACACAUUUUUGUUUAAUUAACACCGCAAAUGGGAAUAACAGAUUAUUGCAUCUUCUUCCUCACCUUUCGAAAGCUAAAGCACAAGUAGAUGUUUGUAAUUUCUGUUUUCACAGAUUUACAUCAGACAAAACAGUAAACCGGGAUGGGAAAGCAAAUUUGAUGAGACAUCUAGAGCUUUGUUCCAGUCUCAGAGAACUUCAUACCCAAAACGAGGUGAGACAAUCAAAUUUAAAAAACUCAGUUCGACUUUGAAGAAAAAGUAUACAAUCUACGCGGAUUUGGAAACAUUUGUUGUGAAUAUGGAUGGUAACGAAUCUGAGGAUGUACCUAUUACCAGAAGUUACACCAAGAAAAC